AUGUGGGAUUUGUUACAGAGAGGAGAUGGUGUUGUCUUGGAAAUGGACUUGCUGGAGGGUCUGGAGACCCUGAAGUUUGAGUAUGGGGUUCCAGAGGAAGACCGCACCUGGCUGUUUUUGCAGGGCCGUUCGCGGGGACUGACAAUCGAGGCCUGUGCCCACGCAACGUUCUUCUGCAAGUUGUUCCAGAUUCUGAGACAGGCAGUGUUUGGGCAUCACCUCUCCGGACGUGUCGCGAGCGACCCUUCUUUCACCCAUGAGAAGUUCAACGUGGGCAUCAUCGGAGGUGGCCACCUCGGGAAGCAGCUGGCGCAUGUACUGCUUCAGCUGGUCCCCAUCCCGACAGAGAACCUGCGCAUCUCCUCGAGGAGGCCAGAGGCCCUGGGUGACCUCCAGAAACUGGGGGUCCAGUGCUUUUACCACAACGCUUACCUGGUAAGCUGGGCCAACGUCGUGUUCCUCUGCUGCCUGCCUUCUCAGCUGCCUAAUAUCUGUAUGGAAAUUCAAAACAGCCUCGACAAAGCCUGCGUGGUGUAUAGCUUCGUAGCUGCCAUCCCAGUGUCCAGGUUGAAGUUACUGCUGAACCACACCAACAUCCUGCGGCCUCAGUAUCAGUGUGCAGGGGGGAUAACCCUCAAUAUCAAGUGGUUGGAAGGCAUGCUCUAUGCAGUCCUCAACAUCUGCACAGCAAAAGAGAUUUCCCACGUCCAAGUGCUUCAGCUUUUGAAUGACCACUUCCUCUCGGUGCACUUCGAAGACUGUGAGAAAGAGAAAGCUUCAUGCCCCAAGUUUCAAUUAACAGAUUUCAUCAGCAAAACCUAUGCCAAGAGCUUUCCUCUGAGAAGGCCUUUCCCUUGGUUUGACCUGACAGCCGUGCAGCUCAAGGAAACUCCCUUCAGCCAGCACCUGGCCGCGAGCCCGGCCCUCCAGGACCACCUGACCCAUCUUUACUGCCGCUCAUUCGGCGUCUCCCUAACCAAGGAAGACCGGCAGGAGGUCUCCGCCCCGGGCUCCCCACCCAAUAAGGAAAGAACGGACACUCACGCAGCUUAG